CGCCCCUCCUUCUUAUCCCCCAAGCAAAGCCCGGCAGGGCAGAGGGAAGCGAAACAGGACCCGUCUCUCCCCGCGGACGGCAUCUCAUCCUCCUGCUCAGUCCUGCAAUCCAGUGAGCGCCGCCUGCCAUCGCAAUUCGAAAGUCCAGCUACCAGCGGGGAUGGUUGAGGAAGAGCAGCGGAAGCAGAUGGUGGGUUCGGAGCGAGAUCAGGAGCUGGAGCGGCGGCAAGGAGAGGAGGAGAAGGAGAAGGAGGCGGCCAAGAAACCCGCGCCUGGCGAGGCGGAGGCCGGCGACGGCGACGGCGCCGACGCGGAGGCGGCGACCUGCGACUACUGCGGAGCCGCGACGGCGGCGGUCUACUGCCGCGCCGACGCCGCCAGGCUCUGCCUGCCGUGCGACCGCCACGUGCACGGCGCCAACGGGGUCUGCUCCCGCCACGCCCGCGCCGCGCUCUGCGCCGACUGCCGCGCCGCCGGGGCCGUCUUCCGCCGCGCCUCCUCCGCGGCCUUCCUCUGCUCCAACUGCGACUUCGGGAGGCACCGGGACGGCAGCGGCGGCGAGCCGGCGCUCCACGACCGCUGCGCGGUGCAGCCCUACUCCGGGUGCCCCCCGGCGACCGAGCUCGCGGCGCUCCUCGGGGUGCCCCUCUUCGACAAGCCGGCCGCCGAAGACGGUGGUUGGUGGAACAUCUGGGAGGAGCCGCAGGUGCUCAGCUUGGAGGAUCUGAUCGUGCCCACCACUCCCUGCCAUGGCUUCCAGCCUCUCCUCACGCCAUCAUCUCCCAAGAAUCGGAGCAUCUCGGCGGACGAAAAGAUGAACGAGGAGAUCCUCCGGCAGCUGGGUGAGCUUGCAGAGUCAGACGGAGGGGUGCAGGCAGCAGCAGGUCACGAGGAGGCAGAGCAAGCUGGAGAUCAGUUCCCUUCAUGGGCACCGCCACCGUAUACCACUGGACAUGGCAAUUUUGGAGCAGAGAACAGCCAUGAGGUCGCGACCAUGCCUACUCCUCGCUAUGAGAAUGGCAGUUGGAACAACAAUGAUUAUCAUGUCCUAAAUGAUGCCUGCAAGGUCGAACAUGUAUAUGAUCAGGCUCCCGUCAGUUCAGCUGAAGCAUGCUUGUCAUCAUUUGUUCCGAUGUCAGAAAUCUGCCCCAGCAUAAGCAAUGGUAGCAGUAUGGAGGAGAACCACCAGACUAAUCCUGGCCUUGGCACACCUACGCAAGCUUUCCCCAAAAGAACCGGCUUUGAUGUUGUGCCCUGCCCUGACCGGGGCUCGGUCAUCUCGCGCUACAAGGAGAAGAGGAAGACAAGAAGAUUCGACAGGCAGGUUCGGUAUGAAUCACGCAAAGUUCGUGCUGAUGGCAGGCUCAGGAUCAAGGGGCGUUUUGCAAAGGCAAACCAGACAUAGAACUUAAGGAGAAAACUGAUUAGGAGUGAAGAUUAUACAAAUGUGCCAUAAUUUUGUUUGCCUUCAGUUCCAUAGCUGAUAGCUCGAAUGAUGUAUGUAUAUUGCCGUCAUAUGGAUACACUUCUUUGAGGAGAGAUCCAGUCCCUGUAAAUAGUCCUACACCUACGAACUCUAUGAUUUUGUCGUGCUGGAGAUAUCAUGCACAUGAAAGAAUAGCAUUGUUAUGUUUGUUUUGGUA